GCGUUCUCGUUUGAUGUAGUCUCUGGGCGUCUGUAAUGCCUCCAAGUUACUUCGGUACUUCCAUAGAAGUUAAUUUUAAACGAUUCAGGUGGGAGCCGGACAGUUCACCGUCAGAGGCAAGAAGUGGUAGAUUAAAGAGUCCGAUACUGCCCCAUAACUUGUGUGUGAACAGCUGAAGAAAGCCACUGGGUUCUCGGUAAACGCUCGGCGGAACUUUCUAAGAACCCCAGAAGACAGUUUCCUCCCUCUGGAGUGCUCUGCGUGCUUGUAACCUUGGGGGUCCGUGCCUGUGAGAGUGAAGGUGCAGAUUCACGGCGAGUAAGCGACGAGAAAUGACCGAAAAUGCACGAACAACACGGUGGAGACUCCCUGAAGAACUGCGGAAAGAAAAAGAGAAGAAAGGAACUUGCAAGCGUGAGACACUCCCGAGGGGACGUCGAGGCGACGCCCCAGAGCGAGUGUGCGGCAGAGACGGUUGGGAGUUUGCGGAGAAACUCGCCUGCCUUGAACGUUUCCUCCCUCCUUUUCACACGCAAGGCAAGAAAGGAAAGAGAAAUACAAGACAGAUACAAAUCUUCGACAACGAAGAUGUCAGGAAGGGAAAGAAGCUCGGCGAGAGUUUCUUCAGCGCGCCGAGGCUUUGAGUGGAAAACCGCGCGGCUGGUUGAACGCCGCAAAGCGCCACGAAAAGUCGGAAGUCAGCGUGUUUAGUCAAAAUCGGGGACGGCUUUCUCUGCAUUUUUUCUCUGAGUCUUUCUGAAGAUUUCUCCACUCUUACUCCGCAUGUCCACUGUUUUCUGCGGGCGUACAACCGAGGAAGAACCGCGACUGGCAUGUCCUGCGGCCUCUGAGCGCCUUUCCCGCUGCGUCGAGUGUAUGUACACCUGACCUCCCGGGAUACGGAAAAAAGAAGAAGAGGAGCUGUUCAUUUUUCAUUUGUAGUCGGUCCAGUUCACCGGGGAGGCUUCGUUCUUUCUGGAAGAGGAGUCGAGUUUUUGCGAGGACACAAGGGGAGAGGGGGAUUCUCAAAAGUCGACUUCCACUUCUGCAAAGGCUCUGCAAGCGGCGUCGAGUUUUCUCGAGUGCUGAACAUCAGAAGGAACCCUCUGUGUGUUCUCUGACUCCUUUAUCCUUCUUCUCUCUCUCCUUCUUCUCUUCGUCGCUUCCACGCUUGUUCGACUUCCCUUUCUCCCCCUCUUCCCCCUCUCUUCUCCCUCUUCUUCCCUUCCUCUCCCUUUCCUUCCUUUAUACGCUUUCGUUCCUUUUCCCCUUCUGUCUCUGUCUUUCGGUCUGAAGCUUGCUUUGCGAGAGGAGACAGAGGAGAUCGGCAGCGACGCUCGACUCGCGUAAGAGGGGAGAUAAGCGAGAAGACUUGGCGACUGAGAGAGAAGCCGCUCGAGGAGAAGGGCAGGGGAUGCUGCAGAGAGGACAGCGGAGGACGGCAGCUAGUGUCGAGACAGAGAGGGGAGACUGGUCGAAGAAGACAGGGCAUCCCCAUGCGCCGUUCUUUUGCAGUGAAGGCCUUUAUCGUCCUCAUCUCCGUGUUUUUUUCUAUCUCCGUUUUUUGCCGCUUUUCCUUCGUUCCUUUUUCAUUCUUCAAACAUUCUUCAAAGUCUGCGCUUCGCCCUCCCCGUGCCUCCUCCCCUCUCAGGACUCUCCCGCCUCGACUGAUUCUUCCGUCUGCCUUCUCUCUCGGCUCUCGUUCUCUUUCUGUUUCUUCUUUCUGCUCUUUUUCGCCUCCCUCCCUUCGCUGCUCCCCACCCUGCGCCUGGUGAGUCGCUCCUGGCUCCUCCGUCUCUCUUUCAAGAUGGGAUUCUUCCUGCCUGCCCUCUUUGUGGGGGGUCUCGGCAUGACGCAGCACUUGGCGUCGCGGGAGCUCGACGACCUGAUUCGCCAGGCCGAACAGCCGCUCUUCGGCUUCUGGUGGGGAGUUGGCUUCGGCGUCGUUGUGGGCGUCUGGGUGGGCUGCAACUUCGCGUCCUUCUUCCGUCGACUGAAGACUCUCUCCCUCGCACUCUGCGACCUCGCAUCGAGCCGCGGCGGAGAAGACGGGGGACGAGGCUUGCGAGACGAGGCGCCUGGGCGCGACAGCCGAGACCGAUGCGCGACUGCGACGAGAGACGGAAGCUGUGCACCGUGAACGGAAACCAUCGGGACUCGGAGAAGUCGCUGGAGAAGAGCAGGCGCUGAGAAGAGCGAACCUGAAAUGCCUUUCUGAAAGGGAAAACUGGCACACGCGUUUUGGAGCGACCAAACAGUCGCAAAAUGCCGCUGCACCCCAGUGGAACUCGAAACGCGCAGCUCGGCCGCUUGCGCUCAGUUGACGCAGUCCUCUUUUUGCAUUAAACCGUCUCUCAGGUUUCUGUGCUUCUUUUCUUUCCCUGCGCUUUGCUUUCCACUUUUCUUCGUUGCUUCUCCUUCCUUUUUCUGCCUUUUCUGCUGCCGCUGAAGACGAGGGAGAGAUUCCACUGCCGAAGAAAAGGGGGGGAGGGGGAAGACAUCGCGGCUCUGGGCCGGCCGGUGCUGGGAAACAGCCGGCGCCGCGGUGUACUUGCAGAAACAGAAAGAGAAUGAAAACGAAGGAAACGAGAAGAGAAAGAGGAAACAUGGACGAGGCAGGAGAGGAGGAAUUGAGGAAGUCACAGAAAGAGAAGUGGAGGCGAGAGCAAACAAGACGAGAAAAAGACAGGAUAGGAGAAUUUAGGGAACAGAGUUUGGAGGAAGAGUACACGAAAUGAGAGAGAGAUCAUGAGGGAAAGAAAAGAACAAGUGAAGAAGACACGAAAACAAAUAAAGAGAAUGAAAGGACGUUCGCUUUCUGCGCAAAACAAACACAUGUUAAACGUAGUUGCAUUUUUGAGGAGUUGCGUUUUCCGACGUUAUUAUGACAUCGCUUCUUUUUCAACUCGAGCGAGGGGAUAGAUGAGUCUCGACGGAUGUGGUGCGAGUCGAAUUUCUUCUCUGUCGCGUCUCUUUUUAAAAACGGUUUCGGUUUUUUUUCGGACUGUUGGCUCUGCGCAUGCAGUUUGCAUUUUAUUCG